UGCCGACGCCGUCAUAGGCGGUGCGGGCGCGGGCCGCUAGAUGGCGCGGUGACGCAGCAUGCGCCGCGUGCCGCUAGCCGCGCUGCUGCGGCUGCUAUUUAUCGCAGGCGGCGCAAACCUCGCCAACCCCUACAGCGACGACCGCGUCGACCUCAACCAAGUAUGGGUGGACAUCCCGCCCUCGCCGGUGGCGCUGGGCGGCGACUUGCGCGUGCGCGUAUUGGGCGCGCCGCCCACCGCCGCGCUGCGCCUGCGCCUCGCGCGCGACGACGCCGACGGCCGCGCCCAACUUGCCGCCAUGCCCCUCGCGCUCGACGCCGACAGCCGACUAACCCUCCCCUGCGGAUACUUCUCUAGAGGCGGCGUCUACUACCUCGAACUCAUCUCCGAAAACUACCUCGACUACAACACUACAAACAGAAUCAAACGCGACAGCGGAGUCAUUCUCGAAAGCGGGGACAGUAUCAUCAAAUCCUGGAAAUUCGACGUCCUCUGGCCGACUGCGAAAUUGGAUGUGACUCCGGAACAGAUCCAGACGUAUCCCGAGAGGCAGGUGACGGCGAUCCUGGAGUUUCCAAGAGCGGUGUGCGCGCCGGUGGAGCCGGGAGCCGACUUCUGGCUGGAGCUGCUGUAUUGCGGCCACUCCAGCGGCGGAGCCGUGCUCUGCGACGGGAAGAACACCAGCUCGCACGCGCACGUGCUCUACUCCGAACAGAUGCACGGGUUCCCGGGGCGGCGGACUAUGACGCUGCGUUGCGAGCUGUUCGGGCAGGCGGGGGACUACGCCCUCACGCUGCGUCCCGCCGCCCCAGCCGGCCCACAGGACUCCGCCGCUGCCUUCAUCAAGGCGGACUGGUCGGAGCAGUUCGUCCUAAACGUCCACGGAGGGUCGGUCCUGCCGUGCACCGACGGUCAGCGAGUACUUUUCCAGUAUCCUGAGUGCGUGCUAGAGGGCGCUGACAGGAUCAGGGUGUUCGGGAGGGACGGCGAGCGGCUAAGAUACGUCGCCGAGCAAAGGGUGAAGAGAGGUCAGCACACAGCCUCCUUCGACUGCAGACUGUUCACGGAGCGCUACCCCGAGUACUGCUUCGUGUACGUGUCGCAGGCUGUGACCGGCGCCGUGACUGACGUCAGAAUGGACUGCCUGCCCACUUCGCCUCUAUCAGAGGGCGGCGCGGGCGGCUGGAGCGAGUGGUCGGCGUGGUCGCCGUGUCCAGCGCCCACGCACUGCUCGACGCGCACGCGCAGCCGCCACCGCUUCUGCGACUCGCCGCCGCCAGCCUACGGCGCUAAGCAGUGCGACGGCGAAGCGGUCCAGCUCGAAGCGUGCGAGUGCACAGCGCCGCCCUGGCCCGGGGACAGCUCAGCCGUGGUGGCUGAAGUGGGCGCCAAGUGCCGCUGCGGCUGCGUGUUGCACCUGGCGCCCGCAGCGCGCCUUUUGGCGGGCUCGGCGCGCGCUUGCUCUGGCCGCUCCUUCUGGCUCAUGCAGGCCGAGGAAGGGCUAGUGGUGCGCCUGCGCAUGGAAGCAGUGCGGCUGCCGUGCGCGGGACAGGCGCUGCGCGCGCGCGACGGAGACUCGCUCGCCUCGCCGCUGCUCGCCUCGUGGGACGGGCCCGACAGCUCCGCCGUGGUCGGAGACGUGGAGACCACGACAGAUAGUGCAGGAAUGAUGGAGAUUGCUGGCGGGCGGCACAUCCUCAUCGAAUUGCGCUCCGGGAACCGCUCCGAGCGCUGCGCCGGCGGCUUCCUGGCACACGCUUCGCAAAUAGAGCCUAUCAGAAACGCGUCAGCAGCGUGGGCAGUCGUCAGCACCGGCAAUUGGUGGAGGGGUGGUGGCGGGGCGCGGGGCGCGGCUGUCGCUCUGGCGGCGUUGGCGGCGCUGGCGGCGCUGUGCCUCGCGCUACACUCGGCGCAUCGAACGCGCGCCUACCAGCGGGCUGCUGACAAGGAGUCUCUGACUGACAGCGACGCGUGCUCGGCAUCGCUGGAGCUGGCUGGCGGCGCAGCGGGCUCGCGAAGCACACUUCUAUCGGAGGUGGUGGGUGGCACUUCGCUGCGGCGGCUGUUGCCUUCACGCGGAAGACACACGCGACUCCGUGACGCAGACCGCGCCUCCGAACAUAACGACCAAAGGGAAGAAGACGACGAACAAGGCACGGAUGUAGACGCUGAAGGCGCUGACAACGUCAGCGUGGCCAGCGCUGCCAGUCAGGCCACUAUUACACCGGAGACUGUGUCAGCCAGCAGCGCGCCAGUAGAGCGAGCGCGCGUGCCGCCUUCGCCGCUACGUCGGUCACACACCGUGUCUGUAGCCAGUGGAGCGCCGCAAGUCACGCCACCAUCUCAAUCCACGACCAACGAGUCGGUGGCCGUGGACGUGAGCACGAGCGUGACGAGCGUGACAAGCGUUACAAGCGUGAGUGAGAGGGACGACUGCAGCGAGAAGGACAAGGACAGCGCGUGGGAGAAGGACAGGAGCGCAAGCAGAGCUUCGUCUUCCACGUCCGCUGCUACGCUUACCAACGGCUGGUACUCUCCUGCGCUAAGCGGCGUGGCGUCCGCUCGCAUCCGGGACAACCCGAAGCACACCAAGGAGAGCUGCAACCGGCGCCUGCUGCGCUCCGACCUCAGCCUCGCCAGCCACCCCGAGAUGGAGAUCGACUACUACGACUAUGAGGUCAAUAACGCUGGCUCCGUUCCCGGGUCGUAUCUGGGGAUGGAUCCGGCGUUCCUGGUCUGGAUACCGCCCCUUGAGGAGGGCGACAUCAUCAAGGAGAUCGACGACACCAAAGGUCCUAUUUACGAGGAAAUCCUGCCCAAAGAACUCCGACCCGACCCCGGCAGCAACACCGAGUCUCCGGAAGAGAGACCAUCAUCUAGUACUCUCAAGAGGAACCCUGAACUCCGCGCCGCCUCCAGCGAAUCUGUGAGGCGCCGGGACCGCGGCCUCAUACCGCCUCUCAACUUCAGCGCCACCGACCUCCAAGCCUCCCCCAAGAUGAACAAGCGAAACAAAAAGAAAAAAGACGACCCCCCCAUCCCCAUGAAAGAACUCACCCUCAACAGAUCACCCGUCAAAGUCCACAGAAAAGAAAAACCCGACCACGACUCGUCGACCUUAAAAAGAGUCAACGACACCGCCCGAGAAACCAACGCCGACACCCUCAAGAGAACAGACUUCAACGACCUGAAAUUCGCUGAUGAAACGUCAGAUUCGUCUAACGAAAUCAAAUUUGCUGACGACUCACCGGAUAGUAAUAGAUUAGUCGACAAAUACGAUGCUAGAGCGUAAACCGAUAUCGAUCGCGUAAAGACUUAAUAAAUUCAAAUCGAAAUUCUUAUUUUAUCCAUUGCCAAAACGUUAGGUAUCCCAAAGAUCACCCACUAGUCGAAUGUAAGGACCAAUCUGUGAAUAAACCGUAUUUACCUAUCUUUCAUAUCAUCAAAUCAUAUAAAGUAGCACGAUAUAUAUUUUUAAGAGACUUUUCAUCUAUCACCUUCACCCAAAGGUUAUUAGCGUCACAUCUAGGGUAAAGUGGUAGAGUUUUAUAAUCAAAUCUUUCUCAAGAUGGUAGGAAUGUAGGUACGCUCAUAGUGUCUGUUGAUUCUUCGUAUACAUACAUUUUUGAUUCGCAAAAUUCAUUCGGUAUUUUCAUUGUAGAAAAGGGGCAGAAGAUUUUUAAUGUCNUUAAUGUGAAGAAAGUUGAGUAUUAACUACAAAUAUGUACGAGUACUUAAACAUCAGUGAUCAAUAAUGUGAUAUCGUGCCUGUACUUUAGAUCUGAGUCAUCAUAGCAAAUCAUCUACAAAGUUCUCGUCUUCGAAAAAUUGUCUCUUAAUAUUAUACAAUCAUACGCCCCUAUAACUCCGAAAAUAUAUUAGAGUCAUUCAUGUAUAUUUUUAACGUGUGGAUAAUUUUCACUCGGCUUUUGAGGCUUUAUUAAUGUUGAGAAAAUGUUUCUCUAAACCGUUUUUUUAAUCUAGCUAUAUUUCAAGCAAAGUGUAUGAUCAUAAAAUUGCUCGUUACUGUUUUCACGUCAGCAAUGUAUUUAUGUGAGCUUAUUGCUUCUCAUUUUCAUCGUGUAAUAUUUUAAACAUUAACUGUAUCAUACGUUUAUUUGGUAAAUUAUUUAUUUAAAUGUAUUUUAGAAGACUGACGAUUUCGGGCAGUGCAAUACUUCAUUGUGUU